CAUGCCCGUUUAAACCGCAGCGACGUAUCCGUUACACCGGCUCUGCGCAGUGUUUACAAACAAACGAGCCUUUCCUCGCACCUCUAUAUACUUAUACCUACCUAUAUAUAUAUUGAACUGCACACACGCGAUCGAUGAACGUAAAACGAUCAGCAGUGAGCAGACGAGAAUCAAAAUCUCCCGCCAUUUCUAACCUCGACUUUUAGACGGUAUCUUUCCUCGGCGCAUCGUCCUCCGCACGCACAUCCAGAAGAAAAAUAGCAUACCGCCGGCUCGAACUAAGUAAACAACCGGCUGUGGGCGGCGAAAAAACAGCUCACGUCGCACAACGAGAGACUCUCUUUAUAAAAGACAUCGUCAGAGCGUAUGAUGAGGUACGCACAAGCGUUAGGACUCCUAGUGCUGCUGCUGGCGACGUCCACCAGGGCAGCGAACAAGUUCGGCGAGGACGAGAGCUGUUACUCAUUCGCCGGAGGCACCGUCUACCCCGGCAGCUCGAAGCACGAGGGUCACCAGCUCCAAACCACCAAGGCAGUCAUUGGCAAAAAAGCCCCUUAUUGGGAAGGAACAGCAGUGGUCAAGGGAGAAUUCAAAGAGAUUAAAUUGACACAGUUUAAAGGAAAAUAUCUAGUCUUUUUCUUCUAUCCCCUCGAUUUUACGUUCGUCUGCCCAACGGAGAUCUUGGCCUUCUCGGACCGCGUCGAGGAGUUCAGGAAACUCAACGUCGAAGUAGUAGCCGCUUCCGUCGAUUCGCACUUUACUCACCUGGCUUGGAUUAAUACUCCCAGGAAAGAAGGUGGCCUCGAGAACAUCAGGAUUCCAUUACUCUCGGAUCUCACACAUAAAAUAGCCAAAGAUUACGGUGUUUAUCUCGAUGACUUGGGUCAUACUUUGCGCGCAUUGUUUAUCAUAGACGGAAAAGGAAUUUUGCGACAAAUAACAAUGAACGAUCUUCCAGUCGGCCGAUCGGUCGAUGAAACUCUUAGACUUGUGCAAGCUUUCCAAUAUACUGAUGAGCACGGUGAAGUGUGUCCAGCCGGUUGGAAACCGGGACAGGAUACUGUAAGACAAUCUUGUUUUUUUUUUAUCUCUAAGUUGAAGCUUUAUGCUUUUAUUAGGCAGAUUUAGAAUAUUUAGAUUUACUCGACUUUUUCAUAACAUUUUUCGAGUAUUUCGUCUGAUUGUUAUAAAAAAUAGCUACAAAAUGCCCUGUUAAUUUUUUAUCCUCUUAUUUCAGAUUAUUCCUAAUCCAGUGGAUAAAAAGAAGUUUUUCUCAAAGAAUCAAGUAUAAAUUUUGUACGAUAUUUUAUACGUCGAAAGAAUAAACGCUCGUUUUUAUAAA